CUUCGCAACGUUACCUUACACUUAGGUACUACGGGAAUCCUAUGUAGGAAUUCUACGAUCCAUUUUUUCCCUCGUCUCUUGCCUCUUUGCAAUGGAUGGUCACAGAGAGAUUUAUCUACUGUAACAGUUGUAAGCUCAACCAAAGGAUCCGACGACCGUCCACAAAUGGUAACAGUGUAUCGAGCAUCUCACACAAGAGUCUCUCGUCAGCUAGAUUGCCACACCCUCUUAGUAACCAACCCCUCGGCCUAGAAACGCCUAGAGGUCGCUGGCCAGUCUCUUUAGUCACAUGUUCCUACCAUUAGCCUGUAAAUUGGCAUCAGUCCAUUCACAAAACUGGGUUUGACUGGGUUUGACUGUCACAAUCGCAAGACUGACGUCCGACUGGUUCCACUGGUCGAAGUACUGUGUAAGUGAAAAUAGGGGACGUCACCUGUCGUCGGCCCUGUUAGUGACACUGUUCUGGCCUCCCAGUUGGCAUCCCACACGCCGAGUUUUCGGACCCAACAUCGGCAACCCUUCGGCGUAGACGGAUAUGCGUUGUGAUAUCAUGGGUAAAUAAAUACAUAUGUAUGAGCUAUUUCCCGUCUUCUGGCUUGUUUUAUUCAUGGAGACAAUAAUACUUGCUCGAGGGGCAAUAGUCCUACUACUCGAUAAGACAUAACACAGAAUAUACCAAAGUGAUAUAUACAAUUUCUUCGCUUAUAUUCCAAUACUCAUCAUGCCUCACUCUCUACCCUCGUCGCCCAAGUCCACACCAAGGGAUGGUCGAAAUGGCAUCACCAAAUUCACCAACUGCCGCAUAUUAAAAGGCGACAAACUACUAGAUGAGGACCUAUGGGUUAAUUCCGUCACCGGAAAAAUCAUCAGAAGCCAAGCUGCCUUUUACGAUGAUUUCGUCGUCCCAGACGAGGUUAUUAACCUCGGUGGUCGUAUCUUAUCUCCUGGUAUCAUUGAGUGCCAGCUCAACGGAGCCUUCGGUUUCAACUUCUCGACCCUUCUCGAACCCGCCGUAUACGCUAAGAAGGUCAAGGAGUUGAAUAAACAGAUGGUCAAAACGGGCGUCACAUCAUAUGUGCCUACAAUCACAAGUCAACGGAGCGAACUAUACCAGCGAGUCCUACCGUAUCUUGGUCCAUCAGGAUAUCGCCAGAUCGCAGAGGAUGGAGCAGAAUCUCUCGGUGCCCAUUGCGAAGGCCCGUUCUUAAGUCCAACCAAGAACGGAGUUCACAAUGUGGAUGUAAUACGAGAAGCCGAGACCUUUGCGGAUCUGGAGGAAUGUUAUGGAGCAGAAAACCUUGAUCACGAAGAUGCAUUCCGUCCCACGCCGAUAAAGAUGGUUACCGCUGCACCGGAGCGGGGACAAAUGACAAAACUCAUCCCCGAACUCACAAAACGGGGCAUCAUCUACUCGAUUGGACACUCAGAAGCCACAUACGAACAGGCGUCGGCAGCCGUUGCUGCUGGCGCGACGAUGAUCACACACCUUUUCAACGCCAUGCGACCCUUACACCACCGAAAUCCCGGUAUCUUCGGCGUCCUAGGCCUGGCAGAAAGCUUACCUCGCCCCUAUUUUGGCAUCAUCGCUGAUGGGGAGCACUUACACCCCACAACAAUCAAGAUUGCCUUCAACGCCCAUCCCGACGGGUUCAUCCUCGUCACCGACUCCAUGCACCUGGUCGGCCUGCCAGAUGGUGCUUACCAGUGGACCAACGGCGAGAGCGCAAGCCACAUCGUGAAGAAAGGAAAUAAAUUGAUACUAGAGGGCACCGACAGAAUUGCUGGAAGCUCAAUAACACUGAUCGAAUGUGUUUCCAACUUCCUCAGCUGGUCCGGCGCAACCAUACCCCAAGCCCUAAAGGCAGUCACAUCGACACCGGCCGCUAUGUUAGGCUUACAGGGUAUCAAGGGGUGUCUUGACGACGGCGCGGAUGCGGACUUAGUGGUGUUGUCGGAGAAGCGAACAGAGAACCGCACUGACCUCAUUGUCGACGAGGUAUGGAAGUUUGGUACGAAAGUGUUUAGUCGCUCAUAGUUAGAAACCGGAGAAAAGAUGACAGACAGGUAUACUUGAAGAGAUAAAAUUGUUGUAUCUGAAGGUCACGGAGUCAGGCGGUAUAUUUAUAUCGGCAUAGAAUGUUGUUAUAACUGGGUUUACACGCUUGGUAGACAAGACUUGAUAUUAAGAUCUCUAUUAGAUGGGAGCCCAUCAUUGCGAUACCCAGUCACCUUAGUAUAUUGAGAAAGU